AGGGGCCUGGGGGGUUGGCUUCAUACAUAGCAGACACUAGGACCAGGCACAAUCCCCAUCUCCUCCUGGCCUCCCCCUCCUUCUGCCUGUGUCACACACACCCCUGGGAAGGCUGGUCCUCUGUAUAAACCCCGGCAGCACAGAGCGAGUUCCACCCAAGGGCUGCACUCGGGACUCGGCACAGCCUGGAGGAUGAGCAUGACCAUGGAAAGUCAGCGACUGUCUUCAUAUCGGCGGCGCUUCGGCCCCCAAGCCACUGCUUUCCACCAGCCCCUGAGAUCUUCGCCCCUCUUAUGGGUUAUGUCACCCAGCCCCAGCACCAGACUCUCCAUGACCAAGAAAAAGAGCUCCAGUCUGAGCAUCCAUGCCAGCCCCAGGUUCUUCCAGGACAAAGCCGAUUUCUCUCUGGCUGAUGCCCUCAAGACCGAGUUCAAGGAGACACGCACCAACGAGAAGGUGGAGAUGAUGGAGCUGAACGACCGCUUUGCCAGCUACAUCGAGAAGGUGCGCUUCCUGGAGCAGCAGAACAAGGUGCUGGUAGCGGAGCUCAACCAGAUCAGAGACAAGGAACCCACCAAGCUGUCUGACAUCUAUCAGGAGGAGCUGAGAGAGCUCCGCCGGCAGGUGGACCAGCUGUCUAAUGCCAAGACCAGGCUGGAGAUCGAGAGGGAAAAUCUGCUGGAUGACGUCAACGGCCUCCGGCAAAAGUUACAGGACGAGAUUAAUCUACGGCUCGAAGCUGAAAACAAUUUGUCUUCCUACAGACAGGAUGUUGACAAUGCUGCAUUAGUGCGCCUGGACAUGGAGCGGAAAGUCGAGUCCCUGCAGGAGGAGAUCAACUUCCUGAGGAAAGUCCAUGAGGAGGAACUGAGAGAGCUGCAGGAGCAGCUGGCGCAGCAGCAGGUCCACAUUGAGAUGGACAUGUCAAAACCGGACCUGACGGCUGCGCUGCGGGAGAUCCGCAUCCAGUAUGAGUCCAUGGCCUCCAACAACAUGCACGAGACCGAGGAGUGGUACAAGUCCAAGUUUGCAGACCUGACGGACGCGGCAGCUCGGAACAUUGAAGCCCUGCGCCUGGCCAAGCAAGAAGCCAAUGAGUAUCGGCGCCAGCUGCAGGCACUCACCUGCGACCUGGAGUCCCUGCGGGGGAUGAAUGAAUCCCUGGAGAGGCAGCUGCGGGAGAUGGAGGACCGCUACGCCAUUGAGACAGCCAGUUACCAGGACACAGUCAUCCGGCUGGAGGAGGACAUCCGGAGCCUCAAGGAGGAGAUGGCUCGGCACCUCCAGGAAUACCAGGACCUGCUCAACGUCAAGCUGGCCUUGGACAUUGAGAUUGCCACCUACCGCAAGCUCCUGGAGGGAGAGGAAAGCAGGAUCACCAUCCCCGUGCAGACCUUCUCCAACCUGCAGAUCCGAGAGACCAGCCUGGAUACCAAGUCAGUGUCUGAGGCUCACCUGAAGAGGAACAUCGUGGUCAAAACUGUGGAGACCAGAGAUGCAGAGGUGAUCAAGGAAUCCACCCAGGAGCACAAGGACUAAGGGAGCGGCAGAGGAAAGCGUGUAGCCGUAGAUCACUAGCAGCAUAGAUCCCGCCUGGCACUCGGCCCCUCCAACGUGGAACCAGCAGGGCCCAGCGGCUGCGAGGGACCCACCUGGAGGGAACGUGUUUCGCUUGCCGGGAGUGGAGUUAACGAGACUAACUGAGGAGUUAGAGUAACCAGCGCCCCUUAGAACUGCUGCGCACUGUUGGGGUGCGGGCCGCAGGCUAGCGCUUCGCCCGAGCCCCGUCUUUCCCUCCCGCCACCCCUGCCCAUUCUCCCAUCUGCCUUGGUACGCUGCAGUCUGUAGGAGAGGCCUGCUGAGCUGCUCCAGAGCCUGGCAGGGUUUGAGGCCCUGCUGAGGCUGCCAGAGCUCCCCUAGAGACAGGGCUGUGCUAGGCCCACCCAGAAACCCCCUAACACCGGCUCCCUUGGGGGGCCCUGCAGGAGGCUGCACGGGGAAGGCAAAGCAAUCGAAGGCCCAGCUCGUGCCCACAGAAAGGGCCAAAUCCAUGGCCCGGGAGCUGGAGUUUCCACUGCCCCCUGGAGCUAAGGGGCGGGAUUUGGCUGCACCCCACCACCUGCCCCAGAUCUCAAAGCCCCUAGGAUGGUGGAGGCCCUGAUCCCGGCUCAGGCCCAGGCAUCCCCAGGAGAGGUAGGAGAGGCCCUGAGUGUGAGUCUGCCCAGGGAAACCCCUGUGGAGAUGCAAGAGCGGGGGAUGCUGUGGAGAGCAGCUCUCCUUCAGCACAUCCCCCACCACACACCCCCACCGGCCUCCUGGAGAUCAGGCUUCCAGGGAGAGAGAUGCUGCUGCCCUCCCUGUGACAAGCUUGGGCCCACAGAAGCAGGGUUUCUGUUCCCUGGCCCCUGCAAUGGGGCCUGCUUCCCAACACACUGGCGAUGGGCACGGGGAGGCAAAGGCACUAGGAAGCUGCACUGCACCAAACGCCAUGGCCCGCCCAGGAGCUGUGGCUGGGCUAACGCGGAGAACAGCUGAUUGGAACCGGAGGCAGGACUGGGCUAGCUGACAUCUCCCCCGUUUGUGCUGAGGGCUAGGACUGAGGUUUCCUGCUGACUGAGCACCAGGCAGAUGUAGCCAGAGGAGCUGGGGGGACGGGAGGGACAGAGCCUCACAAGGAAACAGCUUCCUGCUGCUGUCAGGAGGCCAUGAAGCCUGCUCAGGCUGCACAGAGGAAAUCAGACCAAUGAUGGGGAGAGGGGCAGGCCGCAGCCUCCUGGCAGCCUCGUGGUUUAAUCCUGGCCUGUUCCCAGAGCCCGGGCUGGCCAGCUGCGAGGGGCAUGAGGGAUGGGGCCUUGCUGAGAAGCGAUGCACAGGGUUUGCCCUGCUUGGCGAUGGCGGCGUCCAGCCCUCGCUAUUCCGGCUCCUCCGAGCAGCACGGCAGAGCCAGGGACUGGUGAGCUGAGCUCU